AUGACUGACUUAAGGGGCGAUGGCUCCAGCUCCCACCCGAGUGUUUGGCCCAACUAUGGCGCCUCGCACCUGUCGGGACGUCUCGGCAGCUCUAUCGACGCUGCCUUCUCCUCAUCUGGCGUUCGUCCUCGCGCUGGUCAGGAUCACUAUGCAUAUGGACGCUACUCGCAAGACGAGGGUUCCACCUUCGAUCGACCUCAGCCGACACCUCUUUCGUCUUCGCAUCAAAACUACCCUCCUCUGAAGAGAUCCUUUUCCCAGGCCGAAUCUCAGCCAUACCAAGAGAUUGUCCAGGAUCUUCGCGAUGACACUUCGAGGCUGACUGUUAGCCAAGACCACAAGUUGCUCUCUUUCCGCCGCUCUCAGGACAAAAGCACCGUGGUUGAUCAGCAUGGUCGUGUGCAGCAGCUUGAGCUUUCUGCUCAACUGCAUGGAAUGUUCUUCCUCUCGGAGAUGCCUUCUGGCGCCAGUGAAGGCGGUGCUCUCCAACCUGAGCUGACUUGCUACCGACGUAAUCUCUUCCAAAUCAGUGGCUCUUUCGUCACGCCACGAGGACCUAUCUCCGUUGUCAACGAGUCAAACGAGACUGUGCCCGUCACCAGUAUGGAAGUCACUAUCUCUGCCAUCGAAUCUGUCGACGGCAACCCCGUUCGCCUGAUUGUCAUCCCUUGGAAGACACCACCACCCAAUUCGCCCGAGCAGGCACAGAGCCCCGAUCAGGAGCCUCCGGCUCUGCCCUUGAUCCCAUUUCAAGACAGCAACCCCAACGCUGAGGGCGAAUAUGCGGUCUACCCCGUGGGCUGGCGCCGUCUGCAAUUCCGAAUUGCUACUGCCAACAACGGCCGUCGCAAGGAGUUGCAACAGCACUUUGUCCUGCAUCUCAAAGUUCAUGGUACUCUUGCCGACAACAGUAAGGUGGUCUUGACUGAAUCCAUCACCUCACCCAUCGUCGUUCGAGGCCGCAGUCCGCGUAACUUCCAGGCCCGCAAAGAGAUUCCUCUUCUCGGAUCGAGCGCUGGCUCCCGCGGCCAAGCCCUGGUCGAGACUGGCGUUGGUGUUAUCGCGAGUGCUCUUUCCUCCAAGUCAGAAAGCAAGCGUGGCGGAAGUUUAGACAUGCAAGCUCCUCGAUCUGCGUUCACGUUCAGCUCGCCCAAAUCCACGGCUAGCCAAUCGAAUGCUCUUCGAUCCAACUCAUACCCAUCAUGGAACCAACAAACUGAUUCUCUGAGCCAACUACCAACAACGACGACGAUGGGCAUGCCGAGUGUCUCUGCAUUUGCGAGCGACAGCUCAGACCUUCCUUUGGCUACCUCAUUAGCACCCCCCGUCUCUCUAUCGCAGUACGCUCCUACCGCUGGAGCGCUCGCCACUGGAAAUGUUCCACGUUAUAUCGACAACGAAAGAUCGCUAAAGAGCCCAAGGCACCAAGGCCAGUCGUCUGUGCAUGGCUCCAUCUCCGCGUCGGAUAGCGCCUCGGACUACCGUUACGGAUCGUAUCGUGCCUCCAUCACCAGCGAUGCUGGUACGAUGGGCUACACCUCCGAUAGCACGACUACCGCCACUCAACGAGACUAUUAUCCCUCAUCUGGUGGCGCUUGGCCCCCCAGCGCGUCAGAGCCUAACACGGGCAUGCACUACCCGAACACUUCUGCCAGUGCUGCUCAUCAACGCCCCCUGGUGCUAAAGGUGCCUUUGAGUCGAUGA